GUAAUAUUGGUUGUAGGAAGUGUUUUCACUUCAUCAAAACUGAAUGUCUGUCUUGUCUUAAAACAACAUUAAAGAUAAAACAACCAGAAGCUCGUUUUCUUGCUGCUGCUCCACUGAAGUGUUCCUGUAAUGUCUUUGAAUGUCAACUAUGUGAAGCACUUGGUUUAUCUAAUAUUUUAUCAUGCAUCACUUUCAAAAUCACACAACAACAGCCAUUUAGAGAACGUUUUAGAACAAAUUUAGAAAUAUAAAACACUACGUAACCAUUAUUUUUUUGUUUGCUAACUGAGAUACAAAUGUAUGUUUGUUAUGACUUUAAAUCCAUUUAUUUCUGUAAACUAAGCUCAAAGCAACAGUUCAUUCCUUAAAACAAACUAGAUGUGGAUCAUAAUCUUCUGGCUUGCUCUUUGUGUAAAAUCAUCAGCUGCAGUAGUGGCAUGAUAAACCCUGAUAAAGACAGCAUUUUAACAUGACAUAGAGGAAGUACAUAGACAACUGUUUAAAAGGAAAUGGCAAGAAGUUCCUUAAGCCUCGAAAUAAAACCAGAAGAAGCAAAGUAAAGACUCACACUUGCUGAUCGAGUGAAGUGUGUAUCAGACAGUCAUGAUGUUUCCUUUCUGUUUCUGUCUUUUCCUCUCUGUGCUUCAUUUUAUUGAUGCAUGUCAUGUUUCAGGUCAUGGAGACCGUAAAGAAGUAACAGGUUACACAGGUGGAUCAGUCCUGCUGCCCUGCUCUUGUACUCACCCUCAGUCUACAGUCAAGACUUUCACCUGGAAGCGCCACUACAAUAGACCAGUCCAGUGGCCUGAAGUAUUUCAAGAUAAGAAAUACAAGAACAGACUGAAGCUGUUUAAUAAAAGUUCUCCAGCAAAUCUGUCUCUGCUCAUUUCUGACCUCAGAAAGAAUGAUGAAGGGUUAUAUAGGUGUGAGGCUCCACCAACUACAAGUACAUAUACGGACAUUAUCUUGAAAAUUCAAGGGUGUGAUCUGGAUCAGAAUAAACCUGCGGCUGAGAUAACGGGACACUCAGGAGAGUCUGUGGUUCUGCCCUGCUCCUGUACUGAACUACAGGCUAAACCUGAACAACUUACAUGGACAUUUACUGCCCCAAACAAAAACUCUGAAGAGAUUUACCCACAUGAACAGAGCGAGAGAGACACAGGUCGAUUAAGACUGUUAAAUGAAAUCUCUCCUGGAAAUCUCUCUCUACAAAUAUCAAAUCUGACCAAAGAGGACCAGGGAGAAUAUCGCUGCUCUGUCUCGUCUCAACAGCACAUUAACAUCACACUCCGUGUUCAAGAGGAACUUUACUUUCAAUCGAUCUGUUUAUCAACCAAUAAACCUGCAAAACACAGAGAAGAAAGUACAACCACUCAACACACAGGAGGCACAACGAGAAAACAGCCACAAAUCUUGCAUUAAUAAUGAGUUUACAUGUUCAAACAGCAGACGCACCAGCACAGAGACAGAGCACGUGGAGUCUAUCAGCACCAAGUAAAAAUGACUCAAAAUCAUAAUCUGCAUUUUAUUUGAAACAUCCAACACUUUCUGAUCUAACUUUGGUAACCUAUUUUUGGCCUCUGUUUUAUCUCAACGAAUCUUGUUUAUACCCUCUUUAAUUAUAAGAUGUGUGUAUACUAAUGUGUGUUUAGCUUAUUCUCAAAAAGCCUUUUUGCUAGUUGACUGGACUGCAAUUAUCAUUGAGAAGAAAAUGUAUGAAGCCAGACCAAAAGCAAUACGAGUAAAAGAUUAGAAGCAUUUUCUUCAUAAUCUCUAAGGCAAGUUUCCAGAAGGCAUUGUUAUCUUGGUAUCAUGUAAUUAUUUUUGAUGAUUUAACAAAUAGUGCAUAUAUGUCUAUAUUGUCAAAAUACAUUAUGGCUAGAGAUCAGGCCACUGAUGCUACUUAAGAAAAUACUUUGUAUGUUGCCUGCUCUCUCUCUCCCUCUCGAUUUAAAUUCAAUUAAGCUUUAUUAGCAUGACUGUAACAUAUGUUAAUGCUUUGGCAACAUUGUAUUACAAAUA